CCACUCCAUGUCAGCCCCGGUGGACCUGAUCGUGUUCCACCUCCCCGCGGACGACUCCGACGACCGGCGCCAAGGCCCGCUCCGGCACCGGUGGAACCGGAAGCUCCUCUUCCACCUCACGCAAGAAAUCCUCGCCGUCCUCCUCCACCUCGACGACAACGGCGCCUCCUCCGCAACCAGACUCCACGGACCGGCGCUGCUGUCGAAGGUGUGGAGCACGGUGAAGGCAUUCCCGGCGGCGGACUGUAGGGUGGUGGGCGACAUCGACGCGCUGGUGGUACUGGACCUACAUGUCACCCAAUUUUGUUGUCUUUGGGGAAUAGAUGAUGACACAUGGACACCAUUCGGUGGCAGUUUGAUGUUUUUCAGGAAUGAAUUCCACCCGUUAUUCAAUACUACUAUGAGAAAAGUAGGGAAAUGCUCACCCUCUGCUAAAUGUACUGGUUCGUCUCGCGGUCUCACCCCCAAAAACAGAGGAGAGGAGAAGGGAGCUCCUCCCUCACACUCGUCGGCUCCAAGGAGCCCCGCCGCCAUGCAUGGUGGAGAGGAGCAGGGAGCUCCGCCGCCACGCAAACCAAGUCUGCAAUGUUUGAAUAUUAUACUCAAAGGACCUGACCAUCUAAAAAGAUGUCAAAUUAGUGUGGUACAUGCUUCAGUACUGCAAGUUGGAGUAGCAAGCUUUCUCUUAUUGAAACACACAGAGUUCUUGAUAAAUGAGAAAGAGUCAGUUAUGUCAACACCAUGAGCACCCUUGAAUAAAAGUUUACAAUCUGAGGUUCCCCUGGUAAUAAAUUUGAUCAUAAUAUGUAUUCGUAAUUUUUCUCACAUAGAUUUGUUUAGAUAUAAAAUUGACUGUUCCCAACAGUACAUUGAUUUCUUUUUGCAGGGAGAGAUCUUGUAAGAACAUAAGUGCCUUAGAAGAAAAGAAAAAGGUAAGUUCCCAUUGCAUGUAUUAAUUAGCUUACUGAAUUCUUUCCCUCAAGAAGAAAUAGACUUAAUCGCAUAUUUGUUGAUGGAUACCAACACAGGCUGCCAGUGGCCACUGGCCAGGCUGGGAGGAUCAAACGGGUUGUGUGUUCACCGGACUCUAGCUUUUAGUGCGCUGCACAGUUUAGGGAUGAUUAAUUUGGUGAUUUAUGCUUGGUUCUCGAAUGAUUCGAUUUUAUAUGUGGAUUUAUGUAUAAGCAUUAGUUUAUGUUGGAGCACUACCCUUUGCCCCCUUACUCAUGGUUUAUAUUAUCAUGCACUUUUUGGGUGGAUUCGUACAACAAGUCAAAUGAGGCAUCCGACUUAGCAAGUUCAUGCUCUCGUUUUCCUUGAAUUGCAUCUAAGAGCAACUCAAAGUGUUGAUUUACAUCUGUAGUUAUGUUCCCAAUGUUGAGGUUAGUGAUUUUCUUAUAGCGGUGAAUUUAAUCUGGAUGCUAAUGAAAGUCUAGCUAGGACGAAAUCUAUCAUGUUUCUGUCGGGAAAACUUGUGAUCAACGGGUUUACUAAAAUUGACUUUUGGUCUGUAUUAAUGGGCAUUGGCUAUUGUUGUCAUUGGAAUGCGCUUUCUUGUAGUAGUAGGUCAAGAGAACUUUUAUGCAUAACACAAUGCCUUUUAGUUUAUAGAUUCAUAACUGAUAACUGUAAUAAUAUUAUUGAAGAGUAUUUCCUAUUAGAUAACUAAACUUAACAUCACAUCUCUUUAUUUUUGUUUUUCCUUCUGAGAACCUUAGAACCCUGCUUGGAAG